CAACAAGCCGGUCGACAACACGCUACAGUAGCCAUAUAGUCUCCCAACCCCGUGUCACCGCGAAGUCGUUUACACAAAAGCACGUGCAAACAAGUAACGAGACCACUCGCGCGACGACAAUGUCAGCCGAACAACAAACCGUCACCGAACUCAUCUACUUCCACGUCAAGGAGUCUGUCAGGCCCGAGGACCCCGCCCACAGCGACGAGGGCGCCGCCCUGCUCCAGGUCUUCCAAAACACCAAGUACCAGGCCGGAUACAAGGGGUCAUCAUGGGGGCGGGCAGUAGAAGAUGAGAGCCUGAUUGUGUGGGCGAUUGACUGGGCAGACGCCCACGCAGGCGCAAACCCAAACACAACGCUAACGCCCUUCCUACCCCCCGAUACCCAAACGAUCACCACCGUAUUCGGGACCCUCACGCCCAGCCCGCUCACCUCCACAGCCACCUUCACCAAGAACCCAGUCACAGAGCUCUUUGCGCCGGCGUUCCCGACCUCCCUUUCGCCGGAGGAAGUGACGCAGGUGCACGACGACCUGAUCGGUUUGCGCGCGGCGAUGACGGAGGGUUUACCGGAGGGGCAGCGGGCGCUGUCGUUCAGCAUGGGUCAGGUCGAGCGGCCGGGGACGAUGACGCACGAGCAGAGCGAGACGGGCGAGGCGUUUGUGGUGGUUGUUGCGGCGGGGUGGGAGAGUGUCGAGGCGCAUAAGGCGGGGAAGGAGACGGAGGGGUUCCAGGCGGCCAUUCAGAGGGUUAGGGGCCGGAUGUUGGCGCCUGUGCAGGGGUUGGCGUUGAGGCAUGUCGCUUUCAAAGGGGUGGAGUGAGUUGUUUUCUCGGUAUUGGGGAUAUGCGGGGGUGGAUGUUUCGAUCAAGGGUGGUGGUGAUAGGUGGUAUGGGGCUAGGGGUGUGUUUUGUUUGUGUUCAGGCAGGGUGCAAUACAAGGAAUAAGAAAUUGCGCUUUUUUAGUUUCCAC